AUGUCGUCGUUCGGGAGGUUCGGCAAUGGCGAAGACCAUGCCAUGCGAGAGUUUUCCAUCUGCAUCAAGCCUCUGGAUGGCAAGAUUCACGCCCGGAAGAGGGUGCUGACGGUAAAGUCAUGGAGCACUGUCAAGGACCUGAAGGACGUCCUGCAGAGCUUGCUCCACCUGCCCGCGGCUUCACAGCGCAUCUUUUUCCGGGGCGGAGAGCUCCGCAACCCACACACCCUCCAAGAUUGCGGGAUCUAUAAAGACGGGCAGACGGUGUACUUAGCUUCAUCUCCGCAGGAUGAGAUGGGAAAGCCUUACAGCCUGGAGCCGUUCCUCGGCGCCGGGGAGCUCCCGCGGUCGCUCUCCAGAGUGCUCGGGCAGGUGAAGCGAGGCCUCGAUCGCGGGUUCAAGCCAGAGCUUACGCUGGAGGGCACCGGCGGAACAUACUUCCUGCAGGACGCGGCGCGGCAGAAAGUGGCGGUGUUCAAGCCUCAGGACGAGGAACCUUUCGCCCCCAACAACCCGAGGGAAGCGAUGCAGGGCGGCUUGGGCGGUGGAACGGUGUCGAUGCGGCCCGGCAUAGGCGCGGGAGAGUCAUACGUGAGGGAGGUUGCGGCGUACAUACUGGACGAUCGAAACCUUCAUGGGGUCCCUCCGACAACCCUUGUAGAGGCGAAGCACCCGGCGUUCUGUUACUGGGACCAUAAGGAGCGUAAGAAGCUCGGGAGCUUCCAGGAGUUUGUCCGCCAUGAUAUGGUGGUGGAAGAUAUCUCCCCCUCGCGGCUGACCCGUCGGGAGGUGCAAAAGAUAGCCCUGCUGGACAUGCGCAUCUUGAACCGCGAUCGCAACAGCGUCAAUAUCCUCGUGCGCAGCCGGCCCCGCCGCAGCUGCAGCUUCUCCGAGCGUAUACGUGGCGGCGGCGGCGGCGAUGGGUCCCACAGCCGAUACGGUAGCAGCGAUAGCAACACCGAGGCUUCGCCCCGCGGUGUGUCGGUGGCGGGAGCUAGCCGCGGGGGUACGCAGAGCGGAGGCUUGGCAACCGGGGUGGGUGGGGGUGGGGAGGGCGGCGGCAGGAGGGCCGGCAGCCGCCGGCCUAGCGGCGGGGUCUUGGCCGGCUCCACCGAGUACGAGCUGAUCCCUAUCGACCACGGGCUGUGUCUCUCGAACGAGCUCGUGAUCGACUGGUGCGACUGGUGCUGGCUGGACUGGAGGCAGAUCAAGGAGCCGGUCGACCCGGAGCUGUACGAUUACAUUAUGUCCUUCGAGCCCGAGGCUACGGCGGAGAGGUUGGGCAACACCCUCAACCUGCAGGAGCCGUGCUUGCGCAACCUGCGCAUCGCGGAGACCUUGCUGCAGGAAGGGGUGAAGGCGGGCCUUACGCUCUACGACAUCGCAUGCAUCAUCAGGCGUGAGGAUUUCGACAAAGCGUCGGAGCUGGAAACUUUGAUCGCGCGCGCCACCGUCGGCAGCACCGACUGGGCGUCGAAAGAGGACAAGGAUAACUGGUUUCUCUCGGCCGGUGGUCCGGAAGGGGUGCCGGCGACGGCACCGUCUUUGGCGACCGAGAGCUCCACGGACGCCAGCAGCGAGGAGUACCUGACGUCGGCGCCGGAGCUCCGCGGCGCGGGGAAGAGCGUAGACGGCGGCGGCGGCAGGGCCGGAGGAGCGAGAGGCGAGGGGUUGCGCAUCUGGGCCCCCGGCGCGAGGACCCUCUCCCGCGACAUGUCCGCCGGCGGCGGCGGGGACGGGGACUCGACCUCCCCGGCUAAGUCCGCGGAAUCGGACGCAGAGCCCAUCUCCCCGGCGGGGUUCUGGAGAGAGAAGUUCGAGACCAUCGACGCCCGCAACGCCACCCGUCGUUUCUCCCACUGGGAGGACGGUACCCUCGGGGACGAGGCGUCUCCGGGCGAGAGCGUGGCGGGGAGCGGCGGCGCGAGCAGCCGAGGAGAGCGGGCGGGCGGCGGCCGACCCCCGUUGAGGAAGGACGGGGGCGACCCGGUAGCAGCGUCGUUGGAAGAUGAAUCGGCGGACCCUGGAGAACCGGUGGGGACCGACGCCAAGGUCGGGCGGAAGUUGUUCUCGUCUUCGGAGAAACCGCCGCCGCCGCCGCCACCCCGGCGGAAAACUCCUCCGCUUGCCGCCGAAAGGUGCAAGAAGAACAUGCUCAUGUCGUCGGCGGGGAACAGCCUCGAGCCCAUGGUAGAGGUCGACCAGGAGGUGCCCUCUCCCGCAGGCCCGACGGGAGGGGCGGGCAGCGAACCGCCCCCGCCCCUGUGGGCCACCACCGCCGCUGUCGAGCGUACCAGGGAAGCUGUCGCAGGCGUGGGCUCAUCGGGGUCGGUACCGCCGGCGGAGGAGAAGAACGGCAACAUGGCGGGGCCGGGGCUAGGGUGGCGGCGAGGAGAGGCCGGUCUCGUCAUUCCGGAGCCCAUGCCGCAGCAGAAGCCGCGGCCCGUGAUGCAGUCGGUGGUCCCGCACCGGGUUUCCAGGGUCGGCGGUGAUGGCGGCGGCGGCGGCGGCGGCGGCGAUCCGAAGCGGCCGCUCGCCGCGCCUCGUCCGGCGACGGCUUCGCCGACGCUGCCGCCGGCCGGUGGGGAGCACAAGUCCAAGUCGCCGCAGGAGUUGCAGCAGGCGUUGACACCCGGGGUGAAGAUCGUCCGCAGCUACAGCUACCACGGGCUGGGGAGCAUGGCGCUCUACGACGCGGCCAAGAGAGGGAGCGCGCGCUACUCUAUCAGGAGGCGCCCGAGCGAGAACAGCAAGCAGUUCAAGCUCUGCUUCUUCCGCUUCUUCGACUUCCUUGUCUGCGACCUAGUCAAACGGCGUCACCGAACCAUGGUCAAGGAGCGCGCCGCCCGUCAGGCUGCCGAGCAGCAGCAGUCGUCGUCGUCGUUGAAUCGUUCCUCGACCGGGGGGGGCGGCGCGGCUAACUCUACCAUGCGUGGCAGGGGCGCCAGCUUCGAGCGGUUGAAGACACAGCAUACCCCCCCCCCGCCUCCGCCGCCGCCGCCCGCCAGGGGCGGCAGCAACUCUGGUAGCCCUCACGCUGGCAUGCCGGCGGCAGUGAAGGGCUAG